AUGCCGCCUGGUCCAGCUAUCGUGCUCCGUGUUCAGUUUUGGGGGGUCGCGCUCUUUCUCUGGCCCGCGCGGCGGUCCAGCGGCCGAGAGCCGGAUUCCCGAAUCCGGACGACUCUUCUUUGUUCUUUAGGACCCACUUUGCUGUCCCAGGGCGGCUGCGGCUAUGUCCGCGCUGCGACCUCUCCUGCUUCUGCUGCUGCCUCUGUGUCCCGGUCCUGGUCCCGGACGCGGGAGCGAGGCAAAGGUCACCCGGAGUUGCGCUGAGACCCGGCAGGUGCUGGGGGCCCGGGGAUAUAGCUUAAGCCUACUCCCUCCCGCCCUGAUCUCAGGUGAGCACCUCCGGGUCUGUCCCCAGGAGUACACCUGCUGUUCCAGUGAGACAGAGCAGAGGCUGGGCCGGGAGACCGAGGACACCUUCCGCGGCCUGGUAGAGGAGAGCGGCUCCUUCCUGGUUCACACACUGGCUGCCCGGCACAGAAAGUUUGAUGAGUUUUUUCGGGAGCUGCUCUCCGCAUCCGAGCGCUCCCUGGCCCAGCUCUUCUCCCGCUCCUACGGCCGCCUGUAUGCCCAGCACGCCCCCAUUUUCAGUGGCCUCUUCUCCCGGCUGCGGGGCCACUAUGGGGGGGCCAGUGGGGGGCUGGAUGACACCUUGGCUGACUUCUGGGCGCAGCUCCUGGAGAGAGCAUUCCCCCUGCUGCACCCACAGUACAGCUUCCCCCCUGACUACCUGCUCUGCCUCACGCGCCUCGCCUCCACCGCCGAUGGCUCUCUGCAGCCCUUCGGGGACUCGCCCCGCCGCCUCCGCCUGCAGAUAACCCGUGCUCUGGUGGCUGCCCGGGCCCUCGUCCAGGGCCUGGCGACUGGAAGAGAUGUGGUCAGCCCAGCGCUGAAGGUGUCGGUGUCCGAGGGCUGCAGCCGGGCUGUGAUGCGUAUGACGGGCUGCCCCCUCUGUCGGGGGGUGCCUUCUCUUCCACCCUGCCGGGGUUUCUGCCUCAAUGUGGCCCGUGGCUGUCUCAGCGGUGGGACCCUGGAGCCCGACUGGGGGGGCUAUCUGGAUGCCCUCCUGCUCCUGGCUGAGAGGCUCCAGGGGCCGUUUUCCUUUGAGCUGGCAGUGGAGUCCAUUGGGGUGAAGAUCUCAGAAGGUUUGAUGUAUCUGCAGGAAAACAGCGUGGGGGUGUCAGCCCAGGUGUUUCAGGGAUGCGGGGGCCCCCACCCGGCGCCGGCCCGCACCCGCCGAGCCCCGGCCCCCCGGGAAGAGGCGGGCCGCCUGUGGACGUCGGCGUCGGAGGAGGAGCCGCCCACCACGGCGGCGGGCACCAACCUGCCCCGGCUGGUGUGGGAGCUCCGCGAGCGGCUGGGCCGGGUGAGGGGCUUCUGGGCCGGGCUGCCCCUGGCGGUGUGCGGGGACCCGCGCAUGGCGGCCGACCUCUCGCAGGCGGCGGCUCCUUGCUGGACGGGAGCCGGGCGGGGCCGGUACUUGCCGCCGGUGGUCGGGGGCUCCCUGGCCGAGCAGCUCAACAACCCCGAGCUGGAGGUGGACGUCUCGGGCCCCGACCUCCCGACGCGGAGGCGGCGGCUGCAGCUCCGGGCGGCCACGGCCAGGAUGAGGGCGGCCGCCCUGGGCCACGACCUGGACCUGCAGGACGCGGGGUCUCUCUGCCUUGCUCUCUCCUUCUCUCUUUCUUCCUCUGUCUUGAUAUCACUUUCUCCUCCUCCCCGUUUCUGGGUCUCCUUCCCUCCGUCUCCCCACGCCUCUCCCUUCUGCCUGUCCCUGUCCCUCUGUCUCCCUGCAGAUGAAGACGCCAGCGGCUCUGGAGGGGGGCAGCAUUACGCUGACGACUGGAUGGCCGGGGCAGCAGCCGGGGCCCCCCCAGCUCGGCCCCCUCGCCCUCCUCGAAGGGACAGUCCCGGGGGCAAGGGAGGAGGAGGUGGUGGCCGCCACAACCAGGGUCAGAGCAGGGCUGGGGGGAUGGCUGUCGGUUUCCACACCUCCUCUGUCCUCAUUCUCUUCCUGCCCACCCUGGCCCUGCUUGGACCUCGGUAACAGGGGAGGGGUGCCCUGGCAUCAGAAGGGUUCGUGGCCUUUUCCCUCCCUCCCCCCUCAGCUGGGUCUGGGGAGGAGUGGAAAGAGGCUACAGAGAGGGUGGAGAAGGGAUUUUGCAGGUGAGUGGCUGGGGCCCCAAAUCCAGGAGAUUCUACUGGUGGGUUGGGGUGGGUGUUCCCAAUAUUUAUUUUUUCAUUUGGUAACAAGGCGGGGGGGGUUGCUGGGGGUAUUUAUUUAGGAGAGGAGGUGUGGUCUCCACACCCCCCAAGCCUGGGGCUGGUGGUCAGCCCCCCCACAGGGGAG